AUGAAAAUAAAAUUAGGAGAAACUAGUCUAUUUAUUUUCCUAUGCCAUGAUUCUGCAACGUUUGUGGUUCUUGGCAAACCAAGAUUUAGGCGGUCAGCUACUGACCACAUAUCUGGAGGAAACAUUGGUGGAUUACGUAUGGUUUGUUUUGUUGGUCUUCCUCUCAAACGCAUACCUGAUUUUCCCAAAACAUACGGUUCCUCAAAAUAUUGUGAUAAUUGUUGUUCUGCUUCGGUUUUAAACAAAGGUUUCAAUAAUGUCCACCCAUCUACAAUCUUUAAACAAUACUCAUUUGUAAUGUAA